CACAGGAGGACUGGGAGGACGCUGGAGUCUGCAGCGCCCCCGCCCCUUGCUUUUUCUUUCUUUCGUUGCUUUGGGAUCUUGCCGCCCGAGCCGAGAGAGGUUCUGAGAAGAGAAGAGCGAGGCACAGGAGCGCAGGCUUCCGCUGCGGCGUGCAAGCAGAGCUGGCGGCACAACAUUCCCGGCGUACGUCUCGGUCCUCGCCGCCCCGGCUGGGAUGUGAGAAAGAAAGCCCCUGGCGCCUGCCGCGCCUGAAGCCCGCCUUCGAAGGUGCCCCAGAGAGCGCACUAGGAGCUUACCGCUGGAGCCCCUCUGCCGGUUGCGCCAUUGGACACGAGCGGCGAGGCGCCCCGGGUGCCGGCUACUGAGUCCCGCUCUUCGGAAAGAGCGCAGAGGAGACCACCGCCCUGCCGGCUCUCGGCACAACUCCGGGCCAGCCGCGUGCUGGACGGAGUCCCGCUUCCCGCCCACUCACCCGGAGUGAGGCACAACCCCUGCCUACCCGCCUGCACCGCACUCUCUGUAGCCCUAGCAUCCCCGGCACCUCAGCAGAUGCCCCACGCAGAGCGCUGAGCCCCUCGCUUCCCGCCCUUCACAGCACCCCGGGUCCCAGGGAGCGCGCGCCAGCCGUGACUCUGACUGCGGGCGCCGCGGCUGCCGCCGCCGUCCAAGCUAAGCUGCGCGCUGGGGUCCCUUGGUUCGCUCCUCUCAGGGGCCGGAGGGGCGGCCCCGGCGUCCGAGAGGCCGGGAAAACGCACACGAUGAAAUCUGUACUGUUCAGCCGCUUCUUCAUUCUCCUGCCUUGGAUCCUCAUCGUCAUCAUCAUGCUCGACGUGGACACACGCAGGCCGGCGCCCCCGCUCACCCCUCGGCCCUACUUCUCUCCGUACGCGGCUGGUCGCGGGGGCCCCCGACUUCCCCUCCGCAGGGGCAGUCCCGACAGCGGCCCGAGGCACGGCGCCCAAAAGCGCAAUGAGUCGCGGCCACAGCCGGAGCCGCCACUGCCCACCAUCUAUGCCAUCACGCCCACCUACAGCCGCCCGGUGCAGAAAGCUGAGCUGACCCGCUUGGCCAAUACGUUCCGCCAGGUGGCGCAGCUGCACUGGAUCCUGGUGGAGGACGCGACGGCGCGCAGCGAGCUGGUGAGCCGCUUCUUGGCGCGGGCCGGGCUGCCCAGCACGCACCUGCACGUGCCCACACCGCGGCGCUACAAGCGGCCGGGGCUGCCGCGAGCCACCGAGCAGCGCAACGCGGGCCUCGCCUGGCUGCGCCAGAGGCACCAGCACCAGCGCUCGCAGCCCGGCGUGCUCUUCUUCGCCGACGACGACAACACCUACAGUCUGGAGCUCUUCCAGGAGAUGCGAACCACACGCAAGGUCUCAGUCUGGCCAGUGGGCCUGGUUGGUGGGCGACGCUAUGAACGUCCAUUGGUGGAAAACGGCAAAGUCGUUGGUUGGUACACCGGCUGGAGAGCAGACAGGCCUUUUGCCAUCGACAUGGCAGGAUUUGCUGUAAGCCUUCAAGUCAUCUUGUCCAAUCCAAAAGCUGUAUUUAAGCGUCGUGGAUCCCAGCCGGGGAUGCAAGAAUCAGACUUUCUUAAACAAAUAACCACAGUUGAAGAACUGGAACCAAAAGCAAAUAACUGCACCAAGGUUCUUGUGUGGCACACUCGGACAGAGAAGGUUAAUUUGGCCAAUGAGCCAAAGUACCACCUGGACACAGUAAAAAUUGAGGUAUAAAUUUAAGCAGCAACUGGUGCAGUUUGCCUGGCCAAUGGAUGUGGAAGAGGAUGUGUGGAGUUUAGGCUGCAGAACCUUCAGGUAUUGUUUAUUUUACUUAAGUACAACAGCCUAUAUUGUCAUCUGAUGGACAUUUGUGCAAACAGCAUGUCAUUUAAUAAGCUGGUUGGGUGGUAUAAAAUGUAUGCUUUGUCUUCAUUUGUUCUGCAUGUUUUCCCCCAAUCAAACUGGAAGAUCUUUGUACGAUACAGCUCAAUGACAAUGUAGGGUACAUUGCAAAUCUUGCGUACAUUUCCUGCCCUUUGCCCCAUUUGGCCUUGUAAUUGAUAGAACUGAAUAGGUUUUGUAAACAUAUAACAGGUAUUUUGUUAAUUAAAUGUUUCCAAUUUCUGACCUUGCAACAUUACAUAAUUUUUGGAAGUCUGGAGGCAGUAUACACUGUAGGAAAUAAAACCCACAAAAAAAGGUCGAUGGAUUCAUCUGUUUAAUAUAGGGAAAUAACAUUUUGUCAAUACUAGGCACCAUAAAAUGUAAACACAAUUACUGUCAUAAACCUGGAUAUACCAUCAAGAAUUGAAAGUGGCUUUGUUGUAGUUACCCUGUUUGCAUAUAGUGCAGAGAGAAAGGUCUUCAUGUUAGCACUAUGUACGUAAGAAGAGGUCCAAAUUACGAGAGAGGCAGGUAAAAUUGGAAUUCUUUAAACAUUCAUUAAACUAAAUUUUGUAGUAACAUCCAGGUUUAUCUUCCUUUCACUAACCAUGUUCCCUGUUAAGCACAUCAUAACAACAGCACAGUGAAGUGAAUGAUGAAACAAAAGAAUUAUGAUACACUAGAAAACAGUGCUCAGUGAUACAUUUACAUUCUAUUUAUAUGAUUAAACAUUUGAUCAUAUAGUACCUUCCUACAAGAUUACUGGCUAAUUUGGGGGUGGGGUUUAUACUGUUAGAGGUAUUACUAACAUGAUAACUACUUCCCUUAUAUGCAAACAUUAGACUAUAAUUUUAUUCAGAGUGAAACUGAUUAUGCAAGUCGACUGAGCAGCUUCUCAAAGAAUGUGGUUUAUGAAAUCAUGGGAAAUAUGAGCAAAGCUGCCCUUGACAUAUAAUGGUUUCUCAACCUGCUUCUCAUCACUUAAAAUUUAAUCAGUACAGAUCAACACAAUCAGAUAAUUCUUAAUGUGAAUGAAUGGGGAAAGAAAAAAAAUAUGUACAUGAAUAAACAGGGGAACUAGAUGCGUUUUAGCAAGGAAUGUCAGGUAGUAGUUCUGGAUGAAACUUGUAUUGCAGUUUUCAUUUCCACAGUUGUGUGCUGAGAGUCUGACCCGAUGAGCUUCCAGACCAUCCUGCUGUUGUGCUGGGCGGCUGGCCAAACCCCACGGCAGGGUUUGCACUAUUGAUAUUCAUGCUGGCCAUUUGCUGGCUCAUCUGUGAAACACAGAAAGGCUUAGUUUAAGAGGCUUACUUCAUUUUUAACUCAUUUCUUUAGCCACAGUUAGACAUUUUUAAAUAGCUACCCUAUUUUAUUAAAAGCUGCCUUUAAUUCAAGUUCAUUAAAACAGUUAUACAAAGUUUAAUAGCAAUGACUACAGUUAUUUUUCAACUGACAGCUAACAGUUACUUUGCUUCCUUCUUGUUCUUUAUUUUCUUCCACUUGUUAGCACUGUCCUUAAACUGAUUUCAAUCAUUACAUUUAUUCACUUUCUCCACUCAAUUUCUUGUCCCCAAAGUGUAACCACAGUUGGAAAAAAGUACCAAAGUAAUCUCUGAAUAUGAACUGGGUAUAUGAGUAUAUUAAAUAAUGAGUCCAUUAUUCUCAGUUUCAACUAUACUAGGAUACUGUGCUUUAACAAUGAAGAUUUAGGAAAAUUUUACAAAGUAAACUCCAAGAUAGCUAUUAUUCUGCCUUAAUUAAAAUCUUUAAUAGCUUUAUAAUGUUUUAAAAAGUAGUUAUAAAACAUACAAUUUUUUCUUAUCUAACUUAGACAUCCAAAAUUGAUUUUCUUUGUAUGCCAUAAAUAAGAUUACAAGCAUUUUUCUUCCAGGCUGGAGUCAAGUAUGUAUAUAAGCAUCUUAAUAACCCUUUCCCUAAUGUUUCUCUUACUUCUAAGAUUGAUGAUAAAUAAAGGAAAGGCAAGAAGAUGUACAAGUAAGUAUGUUUAAAACCUAUGCUCAGUGUUGGCUUGUAUUCUUACCUUAAUAAAGCACAUUUAUUUGCAAUUUUUCAAAGACACUAACAUUAUCCAAAGACACUGCUCAAGUGUCAGAAGCAGAAGAUAACUAAAGGACAUUUUAACCACCUUGCUGUUGGCCAACAGAUUCCACUGAAGGCAUGCUGGAGAACAACAUUACUCCCCUGCACUGCCUUGAAGUAAGAGCCAACCUUGAUAUUAACUUGAGCUGGGUGGCCUUCAGCAUUUUAGCCACACCAAAACUGUUACUGACAUAUGAGCUCAUAAUUUUUGAGAUUCUCAGAGGGUAGAGACCGUUUAAAUGAUGGCAAAAUUAACUUGGAUCACUUAUGUGAUCUAUAGUGAUGUGCUAAUAUUAGUUAGAAAUCACUGUAGACUAUUCCUGAAUGCGCUCAAGGUAAAACAACUGAGCAAAAAAGAAAAAUAUGCUGGAGGAACAUCAAAUAAGAAGUGUAAAGGGAGGAGGAACAGGAACAUGCACUAAGUCUAGGGGUCUUCAUCUAUGGCGCUAGAGAAAAAUUAGAACUAAGCACCUAAAGUGGAAAUGGAUUUGAAAGAGGUAAUAGUAAAAUGUUUCCUCUUAGGCCUAAAUUAACAAGUAGAAAUAGGAUUAUUAAAUAUGAAUGGUAUGUUUGAGCCCAGUAAGGACUUGUUCACAUCAUAGGGGAAUUCUUGAACCAGUGAGUGCUCUUGUUAAACGGGAAAGAAUUAUAGGAUAAGGAAAAAGAAAAUACAACUUUACAGAGGUUUUGGAACAAAAGUUUUUUACAAAUCCAGAAGCAGUAGCCACAUGAUGUAGAGAACAGCGCUCUCACAAAAUAGUGCUUUGAGAUAGGAGGCUGGAUGUUUUUCUAAUCUGUGAAAAUUACAAAACUCCAAAAUUUAUUAGUGAAGAUAGGUUGGUCUAAAUGGACUACACAAACACCCCACCAGGGAACUGGGUUUGCUAUUUCAAAAGGUGGAAGAAAGGGAAAUUUCUAGCUGUUACAAAUGGGGACGUAUACCAUUACAGUCAUGUUACAAUCUAAAAUGAAAAAAUUUUUAACAUUUUAUAAGGCCACUGACAGAUCUUUUGUUGAUGGAAUGCAACUUCAUUAUCUCUAUGGAAAGUUUUGACCUUAUACAACAUUACCCCUCCUAAUUCUUCCUGUCUGAUCAUUCAAUUUCAAUACAGAUAAAUCUGUUUUUUGAUUUGGAAGAGACUGGAGAGUAAAUGACCCCUACCUGUGAGAGGCUCCACUGGGGCUGCUGAGCUUGUGGCAGACCAAACUUACUCUGGGGUGCACCCAUCUGUCCCACUAUUCCUCCUUGGGGCCCAACAACAUUUUGAGGAAGUGGCAUGACACCAGUUUGUGCACUUCCCAUAAACCCAUUGGGCAUGGGCAUGCCCACCAUCAUGCUGGCACUCUGUCCCAUCACAUUUCCCAUAAGGCCAGAAGCUGCAGGCACAGGUACUCCCAUCGCUGGAAAACCUUGAAACGCAGCCGGGGCUUGUGAGGUAAAUGGUAUAUUUGCAGGUCCCAUAAACACACCUGCAUCAUAAGAACCAUGAAAAGAAAAUAAUGAAGAAUACAGGGUUAUUAUAGAUGUACUCACCUCUAUAACAACAGAAAAAGGAUUCUCUUUCUGAACUACCCAUAGCAAAAAUUUUAAUUCCAAUCUGGCUGUUCCUACUUCUCAGACCACCAACUUAUACCUAAAUCCACAGAGGUGGUUAAUUCCAGGAUGCAAACAACUCAGUUACUAAAGAAAUUUAAUUAGGAAAAAUAAAGCUUACGUAAUAGCCAUGUAAAAUAAUAUUCAAUCUGAAGAGUAAACUAGGUAACACGAGAUUAAAUGCUGUUCCUGAUGACUUGCACCACUGGUCUCCCACUAUCAAAUACCCAAGUGGGAUCUGACUGUAUCUGGCUGUAAAGGAAGCAGUUGGGUUGACAUAAAAUUUCAGUUUGUAUAUGAAAUACAGUUCAUUAUUUUAGAGGAAAUGGUCUGUAAAACUGUACAAAUUUUAGAAUGCUAGUGUGUUUUUAAAAUUUCAAAACAUUUUUGGAAUCCAUGUGAUAAUUCAGACUGCUUAUUGUUUACCUGCAGAGAAAGUAUCAUACUGUACCUAAAGUCAAACUUCAUGCAAAUCAAAUUUCAAUAAUUAUUCAAAGAUAAUACAUGUCUUAUAAGCUUGUAAAAUCAUUUUAAGUGAUGUGAUCAGCUUGUUGAUUCUAAAUGAAUAAAGCAUUGUGAAUCUUG